AUGCUCCGCAACACUCUCGUUCUUGCUGCACUAGCAGUUAACGCCGCUGCUGGACCUUGCAGACCCGCUACUUCUUCCACCAGGCUUCAGUCAAACACGAUCGGAUCAACCGAGACGACUUAUGAGACUUCCUUCACUGAAGAUACAUCCACUGUAGCUGGUACCGAGACCACGGACUUAGUCCCCAUGACUACAGUAUCCAUCGCCAGCUCAGAGGCAACAACCACAGCCGAGGCCACCCCUAUCUCUGAUAUUGAACCAACAACAAUUUCGGUAGACGGCUGUGUUGCAAGCCUCACAGCAGGAGGCGGCCCCCCUCAGCUAACCGACCGGAUAGGUGACUGCCAGGAGUUCAACGUUGUCACCGUCAGCUCGUACGCAGUGACUCAAACAGUAUACAAGCGUGGGAACGUUAUUAUUAUCCCGACAAAUGCUAUUCGCCGUCGUGCUGAAGGCGAUGCCGCUACAACUAUCCUGCCGACGGGUGUUCCUGCUUAUGCUACAUACUGCAAUGGUCCCGCAGCCUACUAUGAGGCAUGCUCUACUGCGUUUAGUGUCACUGCGUUCACAACUACAAUUCCGGAGCCCACGACUACUGAGAUUAUUGUUACAAACUAA